AUGAUGGCUGUUGUGGAGGGUAUGCCCUACUGUUUUUGGUGCAGCCUUGGUGCUGCUGUGCUCUAUCUUGGCUUUUUUGGUGCACUGUUCAUGUGCACUGCUGUUUUGUUGCUGCUGCUGCUGGCUCUCCUCUUUUUCUUUUCAUCCUUCAGCGGGUGUUUAAUGGUUUCUCAGCUGGUCUUGUGGUCUCUCAGCUGUUGUGUUCUUCUGUUUUCUGCUGGUUCUUGGUCUGCUGCCAGGCCUUCAUGGCAGGCUGCCCUGGAGCUGGGCUCUGUAAAUGCUGCUCUGGGCUUCCAGCUGAUUUUUCUAUCUUUCAUGCUCUGCUUGUUCUCUGCUGCGGUUUUCCUGCUGGAUUUUCAGCUGGAUUUCUGCUAUCUUUCAUGGUUUUCUGCUGCUGCUGCUUGCUUUUCAGCUGAGCCUUUAUUAUGGCUUUCUUUUAUAGUUGCUGCUGUUAUUGGUCUUCAACGGUUCCAUCCAGAUUUUCUGUUUUCUGCGACUGUUUUCCAGUUGGAAUCUCAGCUGGUUUUCAGUUGUUUGUCUUCCUUUUGCGGCUUUAUGUUGAUCAUGAUUGUUGUGCUGUUCCUGGGCAUUCUAUGCAUUUUGAAGCUGUGGGCUGUGGCUUGUCCGCUUUCUUCCUUUUGCUGCCUAUCUUGCUGUUUUGCUCUUCUCAGCUGGUCCUUGGGCUUCAGCUGCUGUGCCUAUUUUUGUUCCAACGGGUUUCUGCUGGUCUUCUUGGGCUUGUGCUCUGUUCAGCUGGAUCCUGAUGCUGCUGCUGUGGUCUUGGCUGCUUUGGUUUUCUUUCAGCUGGUUUCUUUUGCUGCUGGUCUUCUCAGCUGGUUCCUUUUCUGGGUGACUGCUGGGCAGUCUCUACACUAA